AUCUGUUGAAUUUUCUGUACCCAUUUUGAAUUUUAAAACUGUUUUUGGAAUUUAUAGUGCAGAAAAAGCAUCAUGUGGCUUUAGGAACGUUUGGUGUGCCAGACGUCUAGGAUGACCCAUCAGUUUCCUCCCCUCACCACUGAGCAAAAGAAGGAGCUUCAUGUGAUAGCUCUACGCAUAGUCUCCCAAGGAAAAGGGAUUCUAGCUGCAGAUGAGUCCAUAGGCAGCAUGGGGAAGCGUUUGAAUCAGAUAGGGGUUGAGAACACAGAGGAGAACCGGCGUCUUUACCGCCAGGUGCUCUUCGCUGCAGAUGAUCGCAUUGAUAACUGUAUUGGUGGGGUGAUCUUCUUCCACGAAACACUCUAUCAGAAUUCUGAUGAUGGCAUCCCCUUCAUUAAGAUGAUAAAGGACAAAGGCAUCACUAUAGGAAUCAAGGUUGACAAAGGUGUAGUUCCCCUGCCAGGGACAAAUGGAGAGACCACCACACAAGGUCUGGAUGGGCUCUCAGAACGCUGUGCUCAGUACAAAAAGGAUGGAGCUGACUUUGCAAAGUGGCGCUGCGUGAUGAAAAUCAGUGAUACCUCCCCAUCCAACCUGUGUAUUAUGGAAAAUGCAAGAGUUCUCGCACGCUAUGCUAGUAUUUGUCAGCAGCAUGGGAUUGUACCCAUAGUGGAACCUGAGAUCCUACCUGAUGGCGACCACAAUCUGAAGCGCUGCCAGUUUGUCACAGAGAGGGUGCUUGCAGCAGUCUACAAAGCCAUGUUUGAUCAUCAUGUGUAUCUGGAAGGCACACUACUCAAGCCCAACAUGGUGACCCCUGGACAUGGUUGCCCAACCAAAUACAGUGCAGAGGAAGUUGCUAUGGCAACGGUCACUGCACUGCGGCGCACAGUUCCACCUGCGGUCACAGGAGUGACAUUUCUCUCAGGUGGCCAAAGCGAAGAGGAGGCUUCCAUCAACCUGAAUGCCAUCAAUAACUGCCCACUGGUGAAGCCCUGGUCUCUCACCUUCUCUUUUGGCCGAGCUCUGCAGGCCUCAGCGCUGAAGACCUGGCGUGGACAGAGAGAGAAUGAGACCGCUGCAACCGAAGAAUUCAUUAAACGUGCAGAGAUCAACAGUCUGGCAUCCCAAGGGAAGUACACGGUUGGUGGCGACAGCAGUGGAGCCACUGGUCUAUCUCAUUAUCUCUCCAGCUAUGCAUAUUGAAAUGCCACUGACUCCCAUACUCCAGCAUUAGAUAAAACAUAGCAAAUGUCACUGCCACUUCCAUAUGAAACACUUAACAUAUGUACUGUAGAUUGAUUAUUUAUUAUUCAUUUAUACAUGUGAAACAUGGAUACAAAACAGCACAUGAAUCUCACCAGAAGAUGUUGCUACAGUGAGUUUUUGUGGAUUUGAGAUUUUGUGAUGUUUUCUGCUAGUCUUAAAAACAUUGUAAAAAUGCUUUGGUCAUCAAGACUGUGCUUUAAGAAAAAUAAUGAAACAGAUAUAACCGGCAGGUUAAUAAAUAAAGUUACCACUGAUUGUGUAAUAUUGAUCAUUAUCAUUUACUGUCAACAUUUAACAUUUAGGAAUAGUUCACUCAAAAUGUUAAAUUCUCUCAUCAUUUACUCUCCAUCAUGCCAUCCCAGAUGUGUAUAACUUUCUUCUGAAAAACAAAAACAAAAAAGCUUUGUUGGUCCAUACAUUGCAAGUGAGCGGUGACUAAAAAUGUGAAGCUCCAAAAAGCACAUAAAGGCAGCAUAAAAGUAAACUAUCUGACGCCAGUGAUUUUAUCCAUGUCUUCAGAAGUGAUCUCAUCAAUUUUGAGUGAGAACAGACCAAUAUAUAACUCUCUUUUCACAGUACAUCUUGCCAUUGCAGUCUCUAGGUAUGAUCAUGAUUUCAAGCUCCAUUACACAUCGUAGUGCUUGACGCAUGUGCGGAGUGCUAGAUGGUGCUUGGAAGUGUGUUUAAACUUGAAAUCAUGAUCGCCACGGAGAAUGCUGUCAAGAUUUAUUGUGAAAAAGGAGUUUUAUUUUGGUCUGUUCGCAUCCAAAUCCGAUUGGUCACUUCAGAAGACAUGGAUUAAACCAUUGGAGUCUUACUGGACUUUGAUACUGUCUUUAUGUGCUUUUUGCAGUUUCAAAGAUCUGGCCACCAUUCACUUGCAGUGCAUGGACCUACGCAACUGAAGUAUUCUUCCAAAAAUCUUUGUGUUCAGCAGAAUAAAUAGUCAUACACAUUUAGGAUGACAUGAGGGUGAGUAAAUGAUGAGAGAAUUUUCAUUUUUGGUUGAACUAUUCCUUGAAGUGUUUUUGCUUAAGAUUUUAACUUGUGCUUUGCUUCAGAGUUCCAUCCUUUCAUCAUUUAAAAGCUUUAAUAAAGCCUUUAUUCUGAUGAAGGAUAACAGCAUGGAUGACAAGUUCAUGAGUCACAGUAUCUACUAUGGCAAUUCUGUAUGUUUAACUUAAAUACAUUACUGACUGUGAAACUGAAUUGUUAACUAACUGAAAAUGCUGCAAUAAAGUUGUGAAGA